AUGAAGAAAUGCAUUGAGAUGCAUGUAACAAGCCUCUACGAGAAAAUAGCCAACGUUCCUUCUGACGAUUUAUUGAACCAGUAUUAUUCAAUGUGGAAGAUCUACUAUAAAGGAGCCAACUACGUCCAUAGGCUUUUCGGCGGCCCGCCAAUGGCUGCCUAUGCGUUGGGGCCCAAAUCUGUCGAUUUCGACAAGGUAUGGGGUAACCUACAGCCAUCGGUGAUCGAAAUCAUGAAUCUCCACCCGAUGACGAAGAAGGACUGGGACGACAAGUUUCAUGACGUCUACGAUAUUUGUGUUGCUAUACCUGAACCACUAAGUAGCCGACUAUAUACAUCAAUGAAGAAAUGCAUUGAGAUGCAUGUAACAAGCCUCUACGAGGUAGUUGGGAGGUUUUCAAUGAUAGGAUACUUAAUUAUCUAUUUAUUUCUCUAUAUAAUACCUCAAUUUUAUGGAUAUUUACAUUUCAAGAAAAUAGCCAACGUUCCUUCUGACGAUUUAUUGAACCAGUAUUAUUCAAUGUGGAAGAUCUACUAUAAAGGAGCCAACUACGUCCAUAGGCUUUUCGGAUAUCUGAAUAAUCAGUUCGUUAAAUCAAAACGCUCCGUGGAGGGUGAUGCAGUGGCCAGUUAUGCAACAUUUUUGCAGAAACCUGAUGUGAAGGAGAUAGGCUGUUUAGCAAUGGAUAUAUGGAAAGAGCGGCUGAUAGAACCAAUACUGGAUAAGCUAGUCAACUUGCUUCUUGCUGCCAUAGGUCAAGACCGCCUUGGGAACGUUCCUCCCAAUAAGGAUGUCAUAGCUGGUGUUAUUUCCUCAUUUCUCCAGAUCGAAGAGUUUGAGUACACUCCUAGUGAACCAGUUGCCCUUGGAGUGAAACUCAACUAUAGAGAACCGCCGAGGGAGUUCUAUCAAGAGGCAUUCGAGUCAAGAUUUCUAGCUUCGACGGAGGAAUAUUACUCAGGAUUGGCACAAAAACUACUAGCUGAUAUGACUUGUAGUAAAUACAUGGAAGCCGUAAUCGAAGCGUUGGAAGCAGAAGAACGCCGCUCCGCAACUUACGUGAGCCAGUCUAGCGUUUCAAAGGUGAUUCGUUUAUGCCAGGAUGUUAUGAUUAAUGCUCACAAGGAUAAGCUGCAUGCUGUUUGUCAUGAGCUGAUUACCAACGAAGAAAGGAAAGAUUUGCGCAACAUGUAUAGACUGCUGAAGCCGAUUCCGUCUGGAUUACUAGUGAUGGCAAAAGAGUUUGAAGAUUAUGUCCGCAAGAAGGGUCUUGAUUUAAUAUCUACCAUUUCUGGAGACAAUGUUCCUCAGCAAUUUGUCGAUAAUGUGUUAAAGGUGCACGAGAAGUUCCAUGCAAUGAAGACGGAAGUUUUUAUGGACGAUGGUGAUUUCGCAGGAGCACUAGAUAAGGCUCUCCAAAGCGUUGUUAAUGUGAAGGAAGGUAGUGGACCACCACGUGCAAGUGAAAGGCUAGCCAGAUACACAGACAACCUGUUGAGAAAAUCAGCAAAAGGAAUGAGUGAAUUGGAAGUGGAUCAGCAAUUGAGCAAGGCCAUAGUAAUAUUCAGAUAUAUUGAGGACAAGGACGUGUUCCAAAAGUACUAUUCCAAGAUGUUGGCCUCACGUCUGAUCAUGGGAUUUUCCGUUGCUAUGGAUGCUGAAGAAGCUAUGAUCAAUAAACUGAAGCAAGCAUGUGGCUACGAAUUCACUAGCAAGUUGUCUCGAAUGUUCACUGAUAUUGGUUUGAGUAAUGAACUAGCUGAUAAAUUCAACAAGCACCUGGAUAAAACCCACACUUCUGUUCAUGUGUCGAUGCAACCUCUUGUAUUGCAAGCUGGAUCAUGGCCGCUGUCUGCCCCACAAGCUGGAUCAAACAAUGGUAACUCUGAAACAGCUUCAUUCAUACUACCACCAAUUCUGCAGCCAUCUGUGGAGGCGUUUGAGGAGUACUACAUUGGAGCCCAUAAUGGACGAAAACUUACAUGGUUAUUCAAUAUGUCACACGGUGAAUUGCGACUGACUUAUCUGGACAAACCGUACCUUGUGUCGAUGAGCGUUCACCAAAUGUCAGUGCUUUUAUGCUUCCAAACGAAGGAUUCCGUGAAGCUUUCCGUGAUCUCUCUAGCGACUGGCAUCUCGGGUGACGCGCUACUUAGAAACGUUCGUUCUAUCGUUGACGCUAAUAUACUUACCGCUGCCACCAAGGAGUUGACGGACACCUCAGAACUGGUCUUAAACAAAUCACUGACUUGCAAAAGACUCCGAUUCCGCCUCGCUACCCCUCAGGUGGUGAAAAACGCCGAGAAAGAAGCCGAAUCUGUCAGCAAUACUGUAACACAUGACCGUAAGUACUACAUGGAAUGUGCUAUUGUACGUAUUAUGAAAACCCGUAAAGUUCUCAAGCACAAUGCUUUGAUUAGCGAAGUCGUGGAGCAGACGAGAAGCAGGUUCACACCCGAUGUAGCUUUCAUCAAGAAAAGCAUCGAAGAUCUCAUCGAGAAGUUAUACAUACAACGUACGGAUCAGAAUGAUGAAUACCAGUAUCUCGCA